CUCUCCUCGCUGUCGUCGUCUCCCUCGUCCUCCUCUCCGUGUUGUUGUUCUCGGUGACGCGACGGAGGUGUAGCCUGACGCGGUCUCUUACGUGUCGGCCCGAAUAAAAGUGGAGCUCCGUAGACCCGGGAGUGACGAAGCGAGUCUGUGUCGAUUUUAAAUGACUAUGGAGGCUGGCACAGACGCACAGCAAAGCGGUGAAACGGCUGUCUCUGAAUCUGAGGCUCAGCAGAUCACCCUGACGCAGGACACUAUGUUGUCAUGGUUACAGGCAUCCAUAGCAGCAGGCCAGGUGUCGUCCAGUAGUCCCACGGUCACGCUGGUGCAGCUGCCCAACGGUCAGACGGUUCAAGUGCACGGGGUGAUACAAGCUGCUCAGCCUUCUGUUAUCCAGUCCCCUCAAGUCCAGACGGUUCAGAUUUCAACUGUUGCUGAGAGCGAGGACUCUCAGGAAUCUGUAGAUAGUGUCACAGAUUCUCAGAAGAGGAGAGAGAUUCUGUCCAGACGGCCUUCUUAUAGGAAAAUUUUGAACGACCUAUCGUCAGACGCUCCUGCCGUGCCUCGAAUUGAGGAAGAGAAGUCAGAAGACGACUCGGCCCCAGCCAUCACGACCGUAACGAUGCCAACUCCCAUCUAUCAGACCAGCAGUGGCCAGUACAUUGCCAUCACCCAGGGGGGGGCCAUCCAGCUGGCCAACAACGGUACAGAUGGCGUGCAAGGCCUGCAGACGCUCACUAUGGCCAGCGCCGCCGCGGCCCAGCCCGGUGCCACCAUCCUGCAGUACGCCCAGACCAGCGACGGCCAGCAGAUCCUCGUACCGAGCAACCAAGUGGUCGUACAAGCUGCUUCUGGAGACGUCCAGGCCUAUCAGAUCCGCACAGCCCCAACCAGCGCCAUCACUCCCGGGGUAGUCAUGGCCACUUCGCCCGCGAUGGGAACGGGAGGAGCCACGGAGGAAGUCACACGGAAAAGGGAGGUCAGACUGAUGAAAAACAGGGAGGCAGCUCGAGAGUGUCGCAGGAAGAAAAAGGAGUACGUCAAAUGUCUGGAGAAUCGCGUCGCCGUACUGGAGAACCAGAACAAAACCCUCAUCGAGGAACUGAAAGCCCUCAAAGACUUGUACUGCCACAAAUCUGAGUAGAAACCUUUACUGCUCCCCGUGUACAGACUCAGCACAGAGCCAUGCGUCUGGAAGCCGCUCCUCCGUUUCUACACUUGCGCUUCUUUUUUUGUUUGUUUUUUUAAUUAAAAACUGAUCCAAAUCUGAAGCGACUUUCAGGAGUUUCAAACAAACACAUCCCAGUUUCAGCGGUUUGAAAGGCUCUUCCCCAGAGGUUUCCCCUAAAAGGGCGAGGCAGCGUUCCAAGUGAACGCCAAAGGAAACUACGGCUACAGGGUCUUUGUGUUGACGGGGCGGAGGAGAAGCGGCUGUUUUUUGUUGUUGUUUUUCUUUUCAACGUCACAUCGGGAAGCAUUCCAGUCACUGGUGCCUGGUGGAACUGGGCCGCAUCACCAGCAGUGGAACUCCAGUCACACCCAUGAUGGAGCUACUUUUCUUGGAUCAUUUGGAGAGUUUACCUUCGUGUGCAACGUUUGUACUUGUAACCCGCGCCUUGCAUUAACAUCUGUUACUUAUAUUCGCUUUGAACUGUAGUUGGGCUCGGACAUUUUUAUCUUUGAUCUGUAUUUUGUUUAAUAUAUAUCAGAGUAUAUGUUUCCAUAAUGCCACAUACUUUGUUGUUUUUUUUUUUACACACAUAAAUUUUCUCUGCCUUGACGUGAACAGACUGUCAUCCCUCAAAUUGGGUUGUAAAAUGGAUUUUAUGUUAAAAGCAGCUUUUAAAAUACGGUAAAGACUCGAGGUUGGACGGCACUGAAUUCAGAAAAUGUUUGAUCCUUGAGUCUUUGGAUUUUUCAGCUGCAAAGACACAAUUAUCAAGUCAUGGCUCACUGACUUUUUUUGUAUUUUAUUUUUUUUAAACCUAAAGUUAUGAAAAGAGCAAAUGUCUCCUUUAUGGAGGGUUGUCUUCCAUGAAGUCACGUUGUUUUCUGCUACAAAAAAUUUAAAAAGAAAAAUUCCUCCCUUAAUAUAAGUUUUGAAAAUCUAAUGUAAGUAAGGCUUAUGUUUGACAGGACACAAAAACGGUUAAACUGCAGUACUUUUAUUGUUAAAAGUAGCAUUUAAAAACAAAAAGUUCCUAUUUGUGUAGUCGAUUUUAAAAAUACACUUUUUAACAAUAUUCACUUUUUUUUUAAAGAAAAAGUGAGCCUUAAUUGUUUUGCAGUGAAAGAAAUAUACCUGCAUACUUCUAAAGCGUGUUUGGAGCCGCGGUGGGUGUAGCUACGUGUCGUCAACGCCUCCAUCCUUCUGCGACCGGAACGAUUUAAAUCCGUUUCAUUUAAAGAGCAAUUAAGUUUUAAUGACGCCAGGAUCUUUGUUUAGCAACUCCAAGUUUGUCUCUGAACUCUGUCCAGUAGGAAAACAAAAGUGGCAUUUGCACUUUCUUUGCAUAAACAAUCCUAGAACGUUUUAAAAGGACAAUUCCCGCUCGCAGCAGGAUCGGGCAGAACCUGCUGCUGCAGCUCUAACCCGACGAGACAAAAGCAUAAACAAGGAUUUUUCUGUUAAUAUCACAUUUCACCCUGUAUACUUUGCUUACACUCUGCAAAAAAAACAGUUGUAGAGUGCGAACAAAUAACGUGUGAACAAGAUGAAUAUUUUCAUGGUAAUGGAACGCCAUAUUGUACUCCUUUAGGUAUUAUGUAUAGUCAUAAAAUAGUCAGCUUUUUUUUUUUUCCAUGUUCCUUUUGUUUGUUUUUUGUUUUUUUUACUCAAAUUUCUAAAUGUCAGCAUCAACUUGUAUUAUACAGUGCAUUGUGUUAGAGCUAUUCAUAUAUGAAAUUUUUUGGCAGCUGUUAAUAAAUGUGUUUCUGGUAA